GGCCAUAGAGUCUGUUUACAAUGUAGUACAGCUGCGAUCCGCGCGGAGGUGAUUUGUCGGGGUGUGUUUGUGAUGUUGUUGAGUAGUGUUAGCAGUUCGGGUUUAUAUAGUUUUCUGCGCCAUGUCAACCAGAACUGGAGCAGAAACUGUUGACCCCAUAAAAGAAGAACGUGCGGGAAAAGUGAGGGAAGUUGGGUCACAGGCGAUUUGGAGUCUGUCGUCUUGCAAACCAGGUUUCGGUGUCGACCAGCUUCGUGAUGACUGCAUGGACACUUACUGGCAGUCUGAUGGACAGUUACCACAUCUUGUAAACAUACAGUUUCGUCGCAAAACAACUGUCCGUGAUAUCUGCAUUUUUACGGAUUACAAACUUGAUGAGAGCUACACUCCAAGCAGGAUUUCAAUACGAGCUGGAACCAACUUCAAUGAUCUCCAAGAAGUGGAAGUAGUUGACUUGAAUGAGCCUACUGGGUGGGUUCUGAUUCCAAUCAAAGACAUAAAUGACAAACCUAUACGGACUUUUAUGAUACAGAUAGCAGUGAUUAGCAAUCACCAGAAUGGACGGGACACUCAUAUGCGUCAGAUAAAAAUACACUCCCCUGUAGAAUGUAGGGGGACUGGUGUUGAGCAGUGUGGCAAUUUUACGACUGUAGCUUUUCAACAAUAUAGCUGUAUAAGAUAAAUAUUUAAAUUUUGACUCUCAGUAUGUGCUGAGAAGUAUGGUGAUGCUCUUCUGUUUGUGAGAAUCUGUAAUUAAACUUGACAUUAUAGCAGUGCUAUCUGUAAAAUAUUGUAAUGACAAAAUGGACUGUCGAUACUCAGGUUUCAUCAUGAAUUUUAAUGAUGUAGACCUGCUUUUGAAUAUUAUGUAAAGCUGUGUGUGUGUGUGUGUGUGUGUGUGUGUGUGUGUGUGUGUGUGUGUGUGUACACAAUUGAAGGAUCCUAAUUAUGCACAAAUAUCAAAUAUUCUUUAGAAAUUUGUUGUGACACAUACCAUACCGUAAGUAUAUUGGCUUUUGUGUAACAUUAAUAAUGUUAUAAGCUGUAUACUUUCCCCAAGAAUACAUCGGAUAUGGAAACAUUUAA